UCAGCUGCACACCUUGAAGACCGAGGUCCAGCAGCUGCAGUCGACGAACUCGGAGGGCAAUCCUAAGUUGUACAAGAUGCCAACCUUCCAACUCGAGAAGUUCGACGACUACACGCAUCAGGAUCCGGUCCUCUGGUGGGAAGCAUUCACGACGCAGCUUCGGAUCCUGCCAGUCGCCAAGCAUGCAUACAUCGGUGCCCUUUUCCUUAACUCAAAGGGCGCAUGUCAGACUUGGUUGACCCAUCUGGCAGCCACUCACGGCGUCGACGUGGUAGAUCUUCGAGACAAGAUCACAUGGGAGGAGUUGGCACGGUUGUGGAAGAAGAGGUUCAUCGUCGACGACGCGCCUGCCCUCGCCAUCAACCGCCUCUUCACCAUGACCCAAGGCAACACGACAACACGAGACUGGCUCACAGAAUGGCAAAAGAUCGCAGCAACGCCGGAUCUGGACUUGCCAUUUACGCAUCUGCGCCGAGAGUUCUACAAUAGGUCAUGUGCUGCACUGAGCCAGACACUUGGUGAUCGCGAGCAGUACUCAACCUUCGCUGAGAUCAUCGACAAAACGAGGGAGAUCAUCAAGACUAAUAGGGCGGCUGCACACGAGAAAUCAGCAUGGCAGCCAACCUAUGUGGAGAAGGUAAAGACUGGUCCGCGGCAGCAGCAUUUCGCUGCAGUCCAAUCGGACAGUGGAGACGACCCGGCAACCACCAAGGCAUCAAGUGAAGGAGAUCAGGUGGYUGCUGUCCAGCCRAGAAGCACCAACAAGUCCCGGAACAAUGGGAAGGCGAAGACCGCAUCAUCGGCUGGAACAGGACAGCCAGCGCCAUGGGUCAAGUUUAACUUGACCGAGGCCGAAUACAAGUACCGUGGUCGGUAUGGCUGCUGCUACUGGUGCAAUAGCACCAAGCACAAGACCUCCCUCUGCCAGGACAAGGAGAAGGAGGAUGUUCGGCCUCGCAACAACUCGGGAAACUGAGUAGCGUGGGAG